AUGACAGCCUCCAGUAGGAAAGAUACCACUCGACGAAGUCUUUUCAAUCUCUGGAUCCCAACUAAAGUCGUCGUCUCUGGAAAGGCAAACACAUCUCCAACUGACUCUGGGACAACAGAGAGCCCGGCAUCAGAGCCAAUUAUCCCAGGGGCGGGAAAAGAUCGGCUUAGGGUUCGUUUGACACGCAGUGGCUCUAAGAUUUUACUGUUACUAGGCUUGCGUGGUUCAUCCAAGAGCAACAAAGGGUUUAGCGUCGACACCGAUUGCUGUGGUUCAGUACAGGCUGGCGACGAAACCCCAGAUCCUUCGAGCCCAUCCUCCCCAAGUGGGAAUGGCGAUGAUAGCCCAAGAUAUCUAACUGCAAUUGAGUCCCCACGAAGUGAACCACUACCUGCCACUCCUUCGCUCAGUACCCCCACUGAGGGGAUUCAAACAUUGUCUGAGCCCCUGCCCGACCUUGGAUCAUCACCCGAGAGUCAGGUUGAAUUGGCUGUUGUCGGCGACGGGAAGCAACAUGCCACAGGUCAAAACCCUCCACCAAUUGCGACCACUCAACAGAGCUCAACAAACCCGAGAUUUGUCGAUCGCUUUUCCCAUAAGAUCUCACUGGCGUUUGGCCAGCCCACUGUCAUACGCCGGGCGCAUCUUCGGUCAAGACCGAGCAUUCUGCACGUCAAUUCUCCCGUAUUAGAUGAUAUGAGCAAACAGAGUGAUGGCGCAAAUGAUAGCUCAGACCCGUCAACUAGCCCCAGCAGUGGUGCGUCUCCAGCUGGCGGGAAGUCAACUCCACUGACUCCGCUCACCUCUGGAGGGCCGUCUCCUGCCUCGGAUAAAGACAAGCUGUAUGAUGAACAGGAAACUGCGGCAACGCGCUGGCCCUCUCUCUCUGAGAUUAAUGAAGCCGCUAGCCAUUCAGACACCAACGCAAUCACUAUACUGCCGUCAAUCAAAACGGUGGAGGCGACAUCAGCGGCAAAGAUUUACUUGGAACUAUACUUCAACUCCAUUUUCCGAAGCAGAGAUCCCCGUCAGCAACGUCAGCUCGAGUUGGAGCAGCAUAUAUAUGCUUACGAUCUCACCCCAGAGGAGCGGUUGAUGACAAGACACAACUGGGUCUUGCGGGAGAAUGAUUAUCUACGGCAGUGCCGUGUGCUCAAAUCAAAUCGAUACUGCCCUCAAAGCGAAAGCGCCAUCACUGUCGCGGGGUACAAAGCUAUAAAAAUACUGGGAAAAGGAAGCUUUGGUGUUGUGCGUCUUGUUCGAGAGAUUGGCUAUGAUUUGAACGGUUCCCAUGAAGAUGAUCCUCUGACCCUAAAAGACAAUGUCCACUCCAGAUCCAACCCUCUUGGCGCUCUGAUGUCUGCUGUAGAAGGUGCCAGACAAAGCCGUCGAAGGUAUAUGACCGGCGAAAAAAAGGAGGUAUAUGCCAUGAAAGUCAUCAAAAAGGCAGAGAUGAUCCGCAACUCCCAGGAAGGCCAUAUUCGAGCGGAAAGAGAUUUCCUUGUUGCCUCUGAGUCCUCUCGCUGGGUUGUCCCUUUGAUUGCCAGUUUUCAAGAUGCCAACAAUCUAUAUCUUGUGAUGGAUUAUAUGGUUGGUGGUGACUUUUUGGGGCUACUGAUCCGCAAAGAUACACUACGCGAGGACUGGGCGCGUUUUUACGUUGCCGAAAUGAUAUUGUGCAUUGAGGAGGCACAUAGACUUUUCUGGAUUCAUCGUGAUGUCAAGCCUGAUAACUUCCUCAUUUCUGCGUCGGGCCAUUUGAAGAUUUCCGACUUUGGUCUGGCUUUUAAUGGGCAUUGGUCGCACGAUCAAGCUUAUUAUAACAGCCAACGCUACUCCUUGCUAGAAAAACUUGGCAUUAAUGUCAAGGGCGAUUCCGAAGACCAGAAGGAGGCUACCGAAGCGAAAGAGCUCGCGCCUGAAAUAAGAUUGCACAGUCCGGAUGAUUAUGUUCUUCAUAGACCAUCCCCGACAAGUUUGCUGGAUUGGCGAGACAGCAAGGGGCGACGCAGAUUCGCAAAAAGUGUUGUUGGAACUAGUCAGUACAUGGCACCUGAGGUCAUUCGCGGUGAAAUGUAUGAUGGACGAUGCGACUGGUGGAGUUUGGGUAUCAUUCUAUAUGAGUGUCUAUAUGGCUUUACGCCCUUUGCCUGUGAAAACCGCCACGAUACGAAGAUCAAGAUCCUCCAACACACGAGGACCUUGCGAUUUCCACGGGAGAAAUCCACGGACAAGCUAGUCUCCCCGGAGGCCAUGGAUCUGAUUACCAGGAUUCUCCAAGAGCGUGAAUAUCGCCUGUGCUCCCCCAAGUACCAAGCCAAUGAUAUACUGAAUGGACGACCUGUCUCAACUCAAAUGCUGUACUCCAUGGACCCGCGGUACAGAAACAUCGCGAGCUAUUACGUAUACCCCAACGAUGCAGCAGACAUCAAGAUUCAUCCAUUCUUCCGAGGUAUCCGAUGGCAAGAGCUCCACAUGUGCCAACCACCAAUGAUUCCUAGAGUCAGGAACUGGGAGGACACUAGGUAUUUUGACGACUGGAAGUUGCCCGGUGAUGUUGCUGAGAAUGAUGCUGGUACCGACUCGGAGGAUCCUGAGCAAGAGCCUGGCAAAAUGGCCCCUGGGAAUCAAGGAAUAAGUCCAGUGAAGGACGCGGUUAAGCCGCCAGCUGCUGAGACGGUUCCACGCGCAGCACAAGAGCAGGCGAAGGAUGCCGAAAAGAAAAAGGAGAAGAAGCGCCCCCGUGAUAAAGUACUUCGAGACAAACAGGUCAGUAAGACAGUCUUGGACAUUCGCAAAAAGGGCGCUUUUCUGGGGUAUACAUACCGGCGACCAAACGACGUUGCUUUGGCUUUCAGCACAGAGCGAGGGCGUCGACCGUACACCAGAGGUCAAUUGGCCGGCCUGUAUACAUCGUGA